AUGGUUCAAAUUCCAAAUGAUCCUAUUGCAAAAUUAAUGUAUUAUUUGGAUAUUGUAUGUACUUUGGUUGAGUACAAGGAUCAUAGUCUUGAUCGAUUACGUAAUUAUUCCAACUAUAAGAAUUUAUCUGAUAAUGAAGUACGUGUAUUAUAUAUUACAUGUGCUGCAUUAGAUCCUGAUGAACUUAUUGGUAAAGUUAUGUUUGAAGACGAAGAUGGUGAUUUAUGA